ACCCCGUUCUCGUCAUCCCCGCGCCCCGGUACCGCUCGCUGCUCAAGACGCGUCGUCAACCAUUGCUUUUUCCGCCGCCUCCACUUUGCGCAAUCACUCUCUUUUCACAAUGUCACGCGAACCUAGCCUUCCGUUGGCAUUCGACUUCGACGAGCCCCCGAGCUCCCCGCCGCCCCUGCCCCACACCUACUCGCGGAAGCGCACGCGAUCAUACUCUCACCACGACCCGGGUACUUCCAGUGACCCCGUGAUGUUUUCCAGUGAUGAUGCCCCUGAGGAUGUCGAGAAUUACUCCACUCCGGACAGGCGCAAGAGACAAUACACUGGCGCAUGGUGGGCACAUGGACAUCGGUCAAAGUCCUUGAGGACCGAGACCAAGGCCGAAUUGUCCAGGAACGUUGACAGCGGUGUGUGGUUGAAUAGCGACUCGUCAGACGAUUCUCUUAUUGAGCGGCUCGCGGCUGCGGCCACCACUCAUGACCCUCACUUCAAGGUCAUGUCGGCAGAACACAUGGUCGCCAAUGCCAAGGUCCAAGAAUGCAUUGAGGAAGGAGAUGAGAAAGUGGACCUUUCGGGCCUUCAACUGCGCAACAUCACCGGUGAUAUUAUCCAGCCGCUUGAACAAAUGAUACGGCACCCACACUUUGGAAGUGAAGCUCCGACCGAGGACCAGUAUGAAGCUUUAACCGCUUCGCUUCAGGUCUUCCUGUCCAACAAUCUGUUGCGCAGCCUUCCUGGCGAGCUCUGGCACUUGAAGAACCUCACCGUUCUCAGUCUGCGCAACAACCAGCUCACGGAGAUUCCACCAGCCAUUGCGAAUCUCAAGAACCUGAAGGAAUUGAAUCUUGCUGGCAACAAACUCCGAUGGCUGCCAUGGGAACUUUUCCAAUUGAUCACUCCUCGUGGAAACCUGAGUCGGCUUACUGUCACGCCCAACCCCUUCGUCCACGCAAUCGAGUUGGAGGAGGGCAUCUUGGAAAUCCCCAAUGAUGCAAAGGGCCUUCAAAAAGAGGUGACGCGUCUCAAGGAAAAGAUUUCUACUUCCGAAGAUGCUACCAUCAAAAAUCAAGCAGCCUGGAAACUGAAGCUUUUCGAGACAAUGCUACAGCACAUGCAGAGGCGUGAGAUCCCAGAGACACCCCCGCACAGCUACGAUGACUCUGGUUACCGAGAAUUGCGCCCCUGGAGAGCGUGGAAGCAGUAUCCUGUCUUUUUUGCCAGCACCCCCGUAGCUCGUAUGGAGUUUGACGGCUCGCUGGCCCGCGGCUCCCCGCAAAGGCCUUCACAGGUCCUGUCCAAUGACUCUCAUUUCCCUUGGCCAUCGUUGGACUACUCUCCUGCUGAAGACCUCCGCGACAUACCAUCCACCCGCGUGCCCUCGCUCUUUGAGCUCUCUCUGCGCACCGCCAGCCGCUGCGCACGACCCAAAGAUCUGCGCGACCUCUUGCCUCCCGACUCGCCAGACCCGGUCCUGCGCGCCAUCGAUGAAACAGUCAAGGCCAGUGACAAUGGUGGUCAACACUGCUCCGUCUGUCACAAGGAAUACGUCCUCCCGCGCGCCGAGUGGCUCGAGUACUGGCACUACGUGCCCGACUCCCUGGUGUGCUCGGCCAAUGAAUGCUACCUGCCGUUCCUACGGAAGGCAUGUAGUUGGGGCUGCGCCAAGGCGGUCAAAGGCGGCGAACUGUUCGACGAGGAUUACGCGUGAGGUGCACCUCGCACUGGUCUUGUUCAUAUUCCUGUACAUGUUGUGUAUAUGUGGCUUGCGCUCUCCGC